AUGUUGGACUUGAUCACGAUCAUCUCCGCGGCGGGAUUGCAGCAGGAGCUGAAGUCUGCGAACGGAGACAAGAGCCUGGUGAUUCAUGAGGAGUCCGAGGAGGGAAGCUUCGUGGAGAGCGCCGCCAGCCAUGUGUCUGCUGCUCUGGAGUCCUUCGAUGAGGCAGCGAGUAAAGCUUUGGCGUUUGGGGCGGUGACAGCGAAGUUUAAUCAGGCUGAGCUUUCCAAGGAGUCGGAGGAGGGAAGCUUCGUGGAGAGCGCUGCCAGCCAAGUGUCCGCUGCUCUGGAGUCCUUCGACGAGGCUGUGUCGCAGGGCAUGAGUGCCUUGACUGACCUACUCGGGCUCGGCAGUAUUUUCCGAGAGUUGCCGGUUUGUGCGACCCUUAGAAGACUAAAUAAUGGACUUCCCCGAGUGCAGGCCAGAAGCAAAAUUCAUCAGUGCCCAAUUGCAAUCCACAUCGAAGGUUAA